UAGAAGUAGAACAAGAACAUCCACGGGUUUACCUCCGUGUCCAGGGAACUCUAAAGAAACUGAGUCCAAAAACUGUGACCAGACGAUGGAGUGAUUGGAGUCGUUGUUCUACAACAUGUGGACCUGGGAAGAAAUAUAGAAGUAGAACAAGAACGUACACAGGUUUACCUCCGUGUCCUGGAAACUCUAAAGAAACUGAGUUCAAAAACUGUGAUCAACCCCCUUGUGGAUGUAGAUGGAGUGAUUGGGGACAAUGUCAAGCCUCGGGAAGAUGUUCUUCAACAUGUGGGUCAGGAAAGAGAUAUGGAACUCGAACACGAACGAAACAAAUUGUAUUAGGAGGUCCACCUGUAUGCAUUGGUGCCUCAAGCGAGACUUGCUACAGACCCUGUGAUAAUCCACCUUGCGAGAUAUGUCCUCCGAGGAGUCACUGGAAAUAUGACGCUUCUCCUCCAUGGUGCUGCAUCGACGCAACCUGGCAUCAACCGUAUCAAAACAACCUUUUCAAGUGUGAGAAGAUCUCAGAUGGUUUGGAAAUAAUAAAGUCUUGUCCACGUGGCGAAAAGUUCAAGAUAUUUGCUUGGGAUCAUUGCUAUUGUUAUGACGAGGACUGCGAUGAUGUGCUAUGUCCAUUCUGCAAUGGUCGCUCAUCAGGGACCAAAUGUUGUCCUUGCCCUUGAGAUUAAUA